CACGCCGCUGCGCAUGCGUAGAAUCCUCUUUUACUGUAGGGAUAAUGGCGGGUGAAAAAGAGAAGAAGGUUCCCUCAGUCCCCGAAAGCCUUUUGAAGAGCCGCAAGCGGUUCGCGGCAAUCAAGGCUGUGCGUCUGAAGAAGAUGCGUGCCGACAAAAAGGCCCGCAAAGUCACCAGGAAGCUCAUCUUCAAGCGAGCUGAAGCUUACCACAAGGAAUACAGGCAGAUGUACAGACGUGAGAUCCGCAUGGGCAGAAUGGCUCGCAGGGCAGGCAACUUCUACGUCCCAGCUGAACCCAAACUGGCUUUUGUCAUCAGGAUCAGAGGUAUCAACGGUGUCAGCCCCAAAGUCCGCAAGGUGCUUCAGCUUCUUCGUCUCCGCCAGAUCUUCAAUGGUGUCUUUGUCAAAUUGAACAAGGCUUCCAUCAACAUGCUUCGUAUUGCAGAGCCCUACAUUGCAUGGGGCUACCCCAAUCUUAAAUCUGUACGCGAGCUUACCUACAAGCGUGGAUAUGGCAAGAUCAACAAACAGCGCAUUGGACUUACAGAUAACUCCCUUAUCGAGAAGACUCUUGGUCAGUAUGGAAUCAUCUGCAUUGAGGAUCUCAUCCAUGAGAUUUACACUGUCGGAAAGAACUUCAAAGCUGCCAACAACUUUCUCUGGCCAUUCAAGCUGUCCUCUCCCCGAGGAGGCAUGAACAAGAAGACCACCCACUUUGUAGAAGGUGGUGAUGCAGGAAACAGGGAGGACCAGAUCAACAGAAUGAUCAGGAGAAUGAACUAAGAGCACUUGGUUUUUGGAACGUUUCUCCUGUUGGUCUGUGAAAAAAAAUAAAACCAUUUACAUAAAGACA